UCCCUUCCCUUUCCCCUUCCCUUCCCCUCUCUCUUUCAUUCUUUCCUUUUUUGAUCCCUUUCUCUUUAAUACAAGGUUCAAAUGUGACUUGAAUAAAGGCCAGGUGAUAUUAAGUAAUAUGAAUGUAGGUAGUCUGCUCUUAGGUACUACCCCAACUGUGUGGCACACUUGGCUGACAGGCAGUUUCCUUAUCUUGAUACCGCUGCUUACUUUCUCCACUAAUGAUCAAGUCUCAGUGAUGAGGCCCAUUUUCUUAAACCACAUGUUUAAUUUUAACCCAGGAAAUUCUGCAGCGUCCACCCCUAAAAACCUAGACUUGCCUGAGGUGAAAGGUCAGGUGACCCCCAAGCCUGAGGGCAGCAGCCAGCCUGCCAAGAAGGCCGGAGUGGCUGUGAAAGCAAAGCAGCAGUUGGAGAAACGGCAACAUCCCAAGAAGGCCUCUUUCCAGAAGCAGAAUGGCAUCUCCAAAGGGACAGACUCAGGAUUGUCCCCUGUAUCUUGUGACACAAAGUCCCAAGCUUCUUCUAAGGUCCAAGAUAGCAGUCAGCCAGCUCGAGAAGCUGAAGUGAUCAGGAGACCAAAGGCGGCUAAGAAACUAAAGCAAAAGUCAGCUACGCCACUGUCCUCCAAGAAAGUCUCCUUCCGGAAGCAGAAUGGUCCUCCUAAGGGCACGGACACAGAAGUGUCCCUUUCCAAGACCCAGGCCACUCUCAAGCCUGAGGACUGUGAUCAGUCCCUUCGAAACGCCAAAGGGGCUGAGAAGGUAAAGCAGCAGUUGCCAGAACAGCCUUCUAAGAGAGCUGCCUUCCAGAAACAGAAUGGCACCCCCAAGGGACUGGAGACUUCCACCAUGUCCUCCCGUGGUUCCAGCCGGCCCCCACCAGCAAAGAGGAGAAAAUCUCAGUCCAGAGGCAGCAGCCGUCCAGUGUUGUCUUAGAUGAAUAGUUGAAACUAGACUGGGGUGGCUCAUUGCUGUGGGCACUGGGUUGGAACUCUUACCUCUGUGAGGUUGGCAUCCCCACUGUGUAUAUGAAAACUAAUACACAUUUUAUAAUCUCUG